GCGCGCGCCAGAGAGAGAGAGAGGGAGGGAGGGAGAGGGGAGGGGCUCCGGAAGCCCUAAAUUUCCGGUUGCCGGAGAUGGAGUCGCCGUUAUUUCGGUUCGAUGGAGCAUCCGAUCACAUAAAGCAUGAACCCCGCGAGAACGGCGUCAUUCUCCGGCACGUCUCUGGCGAGAACGGCUGCUGUGUCGGCAGAGAACGCUCGGAUCCCGAGGAACUGGCGUUCCCGUGUCGUUCUACCUCUGCCGCCUCCCCUUCAGGAUUUGGAUUAUCGAAAGAAUGGGUAUGGUUGGAGAGGUGCGCUUAUGCGUCGAUGAAGGGAUUCGCCAUUGGUGCAGGCCUCAAAGGAGGCUUAGCCGCGUUCUCGAUCCUUGCCCGUAUUAAGAGGCGAUCGUCUUCAAGGAAGAGUGUCUCUAUGUCGGAUCGGGACAGCGUGGUGAUUGCCCUGAAAGAGACCUUGCGUUAUGGGCUUUUCCUCGGGACUUUUGCGGGCACAUUUGUUUCUGUAGACGAGUUCAUUGCUGCUUUUGGAGGGGCUGAUAGGACUGCAGGAUGGAGAGCACUGGUAGCUGGAGGAGUUGCUGGGCCUUCAAUGCUUUUGACUGGUCUGGAUUCUCAGCACACCAGUUUGGCUAUAUAUAUUUUAAUGCGAGCUGCAGUCCUGGCAUCACGUUGUGGAAUAAAGAGUGAGAAAUUUGGGCGUAUUUGUAGACCACUGGCAUGGGCACAUGGUGACAUAUUUCUUAUGUGCCUUUCCUCUUCACAGAUACUGUCUGCAUAUAUUCUGAAGCAGGAGAGCUUGCCAUCCUCAUAUAGGUCCUUUCUGAACAAGCAUGGUGGGAAGGAUCCUAUUCUUUUGCAAGGUGUGAAAGCGAUUGCAAGUGGCAAGGCAUUGGAAAAUUUGGAAAAAAUUGAAGAUUAUUAUAAGUCCAUUGGUCUAAAUAUAAAACUGGAUCCUGACAUGAAAGUGCCAUGCUCGAUUGUGCAUGGGAAUCAGUCAUGUGCUGCUCAUACAAUCACUUUCUUACUUCAGGCUUAUGGAAGGGCAUUGCCAGUUUAUAUCCCCGUCUAUUUGAUUCCUGCACUGAUAGUCCAUAGGCAAGGGUUGUUGAGAAGGCCCUACAGUCUCAUUGGGAAGAGCAUUCUGGGCAUUGCACGGUCCAGUUUGUUUCUUUCUGCAUAUUGUGCAUCAGCUUGGACAUGGACAUGCCUACUUUUCAGAAUUUUCAAGAGGUGUAAUAUUCCAAUGGUUGCUAUUGGAACGUUCCCUCCAGGCUUGGCUUUGUUAAUAGAGAAGAAGAGUAGGCGGAUGGAGAUAUCUCUCUACUGCUUUGCAAGGGCAAUCGAAAGCUUCUUCACAUGGAUGUCCGAUAUUGGCUUGGUCCCACCAUCUAAGGAAAUUGGCAGGGCAGAUGUUGUUUUAUUUAGCCUAUCAACUGCCAUCAUAAUGCAUUGUUAUGCACAAGAACGAGAGGUUUUCCGCUCAAAGUACCUGAAUGUACUUGAUUGGGUUUUUGGGAUCCCCUCAACAUGCAAAAAGGAUACUCAGGUGGAUGCAAACGAGAAUAAGAAAUCUCUAACUGUUUGAGCUGCAUUUAUAGAUCCUGGUUUCUGAUAUAAAUGGACAAACGCAUGCCAUAUUGACUGCUCCCUUGAAAGAAUUGAAGUGCUGAUCUCUAGCUCGGGUGUUUUUCGUUGGCUUGAGGGAUCAGUAACAUCAUUUAGUGUUGUAACCAUUUUUUCUGGUAGUAUGACAAUCAACUACCUGAUGUAAGAGUAGCAACAAAUUGGAGGUUUCAACCAAGGAUUAGUCACAGGGUAUACGAUCUUAUGGAUGACUAUUUUUUGUCUGAUGUAUUAGAAAAGAGUAUAAUGUACGAUAUUCAAUGUUAUUAUCUUCCUUCAACAUUAUUUUACUCAAGAAUAUGUUGUGGUGAUACAUCUCUUAGGUCCCCUAUAGUCUAUAUUUUAAUCAAUGAAAAUUGUAUUCGGCGUUUUUAU